AUGCUGAGGCUGUUCAGGCCAGUGGCUGGCUUUCGGGCAGCACGCCUGGCGGCGCAAAAGACCCGGAGCGCCUCCCCUCGACAGUCGAUCACUGUCCAGAGGGUGCGCUUCGCUUUCUCGCCUAGGAAAUUCGUGAGGAAUGCAUUUGUCGGCGGUUGCGUCACCUACCUUUGCUAUCAAUAUUAUGACGCUAAAGUGAUAUCCCCAAUACUGCAAUUUCUGGAUCGAGAGUACGACUCAUUGUCGACGAAGGAGAAGACAGAGCUGGACAAAGAGCUGGAAAACUUCGACGAUUCAAUAUUUUUCCCCAUCCCCUUCACGACUGCGCAGGUCCAGUCCCCUCCGUACCGAGGCAGCGACCCGGAGUGGGCACAGUUUAGCAGGAUCAGCAAAGACAAGCCGCUACAAGAAAGGAUACGAAAUGAGCUGGCCCACGAAGUGAAAGAUAUGGUUGAAAAGCACCCGAUGAUCGGUCCUCGUUACGGCAAUAGCAUGCGGAUUCGUAGAUAUUGGCUCGAUAUCGACUUUCCACCCCGACCACCUCCGACAUUCGAACAAUCUGGAAUUCUCUGGGACGAUAAUGGUCUGCAUUGGGCCGCCGAACCGAUCGACUCCUUGACAGCGACUCAAUUGCACAACAUUUUAUGGCCCACGGCCGCUGCACAGUCAAGCUGGGCAUACGCAUCAACAAUGGCCAAGCAGCACUGGUUCCAGUUUCAGAGGCUACUCGGGUUCGACGUGCCACCUCCUUCGGGCCCGCUCUCCCAACCACGAACUGCGGCACUCGAUCACCCAAAGUUCCCUUCCGCAGGACGCCAGACUCCUGACGGCAGGUCCGCUGACGCUCCCUCCGGUUCUGGCAAGGGGUCUGCAGAUAUGCAACCGCCAAAUACCGCUCCGAGUGGCGGCAAGACUAGGUUUUCCAAAGAUGUUGAUCCGUCGCUCGCUAGUAACGUUCCGCAAAUGUCCACAAGACCGUUCAUGGAGUUUCUCGCCAAACUCCGCAAGACGUGGGAACCAGCGAGGCCUCACCCGCCACGUGGCUCGAUUAUUGUGUCAGGCUUUGUGGAGCUCGAAUCUCAGAACAGCUUCAUCGUCAUCGACGUCAUCGGCUUCUGGGAUCCGAAGAAGCGGGCUCUCGAUAGCAAAUCCUCGGUCAUGAAAGCUCGCAGGAUUCAGAUGAAGUUUCAGUCUCCGGCAUGA